AUGCAGAAUUGUCCGAUUGUGUUGUUGAAUGUUGUUGGAACUUGUCGUCAGGAUAUUAUCUCCCAUUCUCUCACCAAUGAUGAACAAACUGCUUCGGCAAUUCAACUGAUUUCCUCCUUGUAUGAAAAAGUCUCACCAAAUAUUUCCGUCGUUGUUAUUUGUUUAUAUUUGUUUCAAAAGGAAUGUAUUCAAAAAGAGUUUGAAAAAUUGAAUUGGAAUGUUUUGGUAGUCAGCGUUGAUGGCUAUCAAGCCCAGGAAUGUGAUGUUGUCGUACUUGUCACCACAAGAUCCUCCAACAGAAGUGGCGGCCUCGGCGAUUCCUCGGACUUCUUGAGAGAUGAUUGUCGUGCAACUGUUGCGUUGAGUCGUGCCAAGCAUGGACUUUUCCUCGUCGGUGACAUCGAGACUUUGAGAGGUGGUAAAGUAUGGAGCAGGUUUAUCGAUCGUGCUUCAGAUUUUACAAUGGUUGUUGGUCAAGAGUAUUUGAAUGUCCUCCGAAGUGGAUCUUGUAAACGUGAUAGGUUUGGCCAGCUGUUGUCCGCCAGUGGGAGAGUUGUAGCUAACUUUGUUGAUGAGGUGGUUCCCCAACAGCAGCAACAACAACAACCUUCAACGAGUGGAAUGGUUAGGAAUGAAACAUGGAGACGAGAUGGGCCAAGUACAAGUAGAGCUGAAGAUUGGUUUGAAAGAGAUUUUAAUAAUUUAAAUAUAAACAAUACCACAAAUUAUUAUAUUCCCAAUUUUAGGAAGAGACAAGCUCCCAAUGAAUGGCAACAAUAUCAAGGAACUACAUUCAUCAGAACUUCAGACCAAACCCAAUGCUACAAAUGUGGAGGCCAUGGACACUUCGCUCGCGAAUGUAUGGAAAACAGUUAUGGAACUUGGCGUAAGGAUUCAUGGAGAGGAAGAGGAAAACAUUAA